UUAGGUUAUUCUGGCUGGACAGGAGACACCCGGUUGAAGAGGUUAAACGACUUUUUACAAAGUAAAACUUUUCUGAGAAAGAACAUUUUGAGGACGAAUUGUUCAGACUUGGCGAUAUUAUCAAAUUGCUCAAAACAGCCAUAUAAAAUGUAAUUGUGAUGUUAAUGAGUACAGGACAAGUGAAAGAUGAACUGUAUGAGGCGGUAGAUUACUAUGAUGAUACAGUUGGCCCCUAAGGACAUCCGGAGUCACAGCUGUUUCCUCAAAGCGCUGUUUACUCAGGUGGUUAAACCGACACAUAAACUCGGGCACGCGAUACUUAUCAGGGCUGCACUGUGGAUCAAAACGAAACUAGUUAAAUUAUAUACGUAGCAAACAUCUUAGUCUAAUCUUUCACAUUGUGUGAAAAAUAAAAUAUUUCGUGAAACGUUUUAAUUUGACUGUACAUCAAUGUUCUGACACUGUACUGAAUGUUUCACAAUACGUCUAGUAGUGUGAAGGCCAUCGGAGUUGCAACUAACUUCCUGCCAUACGUCAACAAUUCCAGCUAGACUUCCAAAGACUCUCCGCAGCUGCUGCGAAACGAACAACAAACAGGAAACGCUCUUGCCACGAGAUUGACAGACGUCUGGCUUUGACCACUCCGCGUCCAGGGGAUCGAAUCACGCGGCCAAUCACGUCGUAGAAGAAAGGCGGGUCUUCCGUUUACGUAACGCAAAUUUCACUGGUAAUCUCCGAAGCCCCACCCUUUGUGUUUCCCGCACCGUCAAUCAAAAAUAAGAAAAAAAUCGACCCGAAUCUCCGAUCACAGCCCGCCUUUGAUUAAAACAAUCAUGUUGGGAGUUUAAAUGAACAGAUAAACCUCCGAUUUUUUACCUUUUCACGCUAUGACUGGUACGUAACACUUAGCCCGAUCGAAGCACAUCACCGCCGCCCCAGAACAGUCAGCCAAACAGCAGGAAAUGGCUGCCUUGGACGUGGACAGCAGUCAGAGCGACUUUCUGCAGCCGGCCAGCGGCGCUCAUGACCAGCAGACCACAGACCUCACGGCCAUCCAGUUGACUGGCUCCUCUGAUCGCUGGGAGGUUCUCACGUCUGUGGGCUCAGUGAAAGACGAGCCAGCAGUAGUGCAGGUACCCAGCGGAGGACUUCUGGGCAGCAACGGGCAGUAUGUGGUGCCACUACAGACUAUGGCAGGGCAGACCCAGCCCGUUUUUGUAACUGCGGGGGUAGAUGGCACUGGUGCCAAUGGGGUGCAGUAUCAGGUCAUCCCUCAGCUGCAGGGGACAGAUGGGGCAUCACUAAGCUAUGCUGCACCCACUGCAGAUGGAAGCACGCUGGGUACUGACAUUACUAUCCUUCCGGAUGGGACGCAGGGCAUUGCUACAGCAACCAAUGCUAAUGACCUCCAGGGCCUACUGAGUCAAAGUGGGCACAUGCAGCAGAUUCCCACCAUCUCACUGGCUGGCUCGGGGUUUGGCGCACAGGGCCAGGUUGUUGCUAAUGUAGGGCUGCCGGGCAACAUCACGCUAGUGCCGAUAAAUAGCUUGAGUAACGUGGAUCUUGAGUCUUUGGGGUUGGCUGGUGCUCAGACCAUAGCUACAAGCAUUACUGCGGAUGGCCAGCUCAUCAUGACUGGUCCCACCACCUCAACAAGCGAAAACCAGGGAGACAGCAAAUGCACAGAGUCACUUAAUGCCAACGACGAUAACGCUAAUGCCUUUGUGCCAACCACCACUUCUUCUACGACGACGUCGCUCCCUGAGACGAUAGACGGGACUGGCAUUCUCACUCAAGCCACUGCUGUAUCAGCCGGGCAGCAGGAUCCAUCUUACAUCCAGCAGAACCACACGGCUGGUGGUGAACCGAUGGUGCAGCUCUUAACAGCGCAGACGGCGGAUGGAGCGGCACAGACACUACAAAGCGUGCAGCUGUUGAAUGCUGGUACGUUUCUGAUCCAAGCCCAAACCGUCUCUCCCACCGGCCAGAUCCAGUGGCAGACCUUCCAAGUUCAAGGGGUUCAGAACCUGCAGAAUCUACAGCUGCCGGCUGCUAGUGGGGUCUCAUCCCCUCAAAUUACCCUUGCCCCUGUGCAGACCCUUUCUCUCGGGCAAACUGGCACCACGGGCGCAGUGGGACAGAUCCCGAACCUUCAGACAGUCACAGUCAAUUCUGUUGGCCAGUACCAGCAAGACCAGAACGCAGAAAGCCACUCAGAUAUUCAAAUUAAAGAGGAGCCGGAGUCAGAUGACUGGCCAAAUUCCACCCUGAACACCAGUGAUUUGUCACAUCUGCGUGUGCGGUUGGUUGAGGAGGAUAAGGAGGGGACAGGCCUGGAGGGAAAGAGACUACGUAGAGUAGCCUGCACUUGCCCCAACUGCAAAGAGGCUGGAGGAAGAGGUUCAAGUAUGGGAAAGAAGAAACAACACAUUUGUCAUAUCCCAGGGUGCGGUAAAGUAUAUGGGAAGACAUCUCACCUCCGAGCUCACCUGCGCUGGCAUUCAGGAGAAAGACCCUUCAUUUGCUCGUGGAGUUACUGUGGAAAGAGAUUCACCCGCAGCGACGAACUCCAGCGUCACCGCAGAACACACACGGGAGAGAAGAAGUUUGUGUGCCCAGAGUGCUCAAAACGUUUCAUGCGCAGCGACCAUUUGGCCAAACACAUUAAAACUCACCAGAACAAAAAAGGGCUAAACUCCAACACUGGGGCAAGUCAAACUGAUGCUGCUGCCUCCUCGGACACCAUCAUCACAGGGGGUGGUGCCACUCUCAUCCUCACCAAUCUACAGCAGGCUGGCACCCAGGACCUUCUUUCAAACUCCGACCUCCCGCUCCAGUUGGUCACCGUGUCUGCCAGCGAGGUCAUGGAGUGACCAAAAUCAUGCCCACUUUCAAGCUCGUCUGCUUUUCACUAUCAAUUUUUAUAUAUAUAUAUAUAUAUAUAUAUAUAUGAUAAAAAAAAUUAUAUAUAUAUUAUAAAUAUAUAUAUUUUAAGUGACUUAUCCAUUUAUGUUCAAUAGCAGUCUUUUGUACAAACAAGGCAAAAAAAUGACAUUAAAUGUGUUUCCAGUUUCUACUGAGAGAGACAUGCAUGCACGCACACGUGUAUGCAUCUACAUGCUCAUAUGAACUCGCGCUCAUACACAAGUACAUACACGGAAAUGCCUUAUUUUGUAUCAUAAUCUGUAGUAUAAUAUGCUGGAGUUGCAUGUGUUUUUACUUUAGCUCAUAUAUGUGUUCAGGGGACGAUCAUUAGAGCGUGUGAUUGUGUAAUGGAGGUUAUGGUACAUGGAAAGCCAGGAUGUGUGUGCGUGAGAGUGUUCUGUGAGAAUGAGAGCAGGAGAAGGACACAGUCUGCUGUGAGGGAGACUUACUCAUGAUCUGUCCAAUUUUAUCCUCCUUCCUCUCGGCUGGCCUUUGUCCAAAUGUGUCUUCACUCUUGCUUCAAUUUUUAUUUGGUGUCAUGUUAGUGGUCUUUGUGCUUUCGGUCACAUGUCCUCUGGAUCUUGUCCAAGGAUCUUCUGAUUUCAUUGUUCUGCUACCCACAUGCAACUCAACAAGACAUCAGGUGGCAGAGUAAAACAAUCGUGUAAUAAACAGUUUUUCUUGUAUCGUUGCUCUUAUUGCUCUCCAGAUUAUCCCUGUAACAUUCAUAAUGUAUCUUCCUUUUUUUUUCUUCAGCCCCAAGCUGUUUAUAGCCACAAUUUAUGUAGUCUAAUACUGAUUCUGUUGUAUCAAAGACUCCUCAUUUUGAUUACCUUUUAAAUGUGUACAAUUUGAUGUUACUUUUGUACAACUUUUUUUUUUCUUUUUCAAUUGCAACACAAUUAAAGUCGGAAACCUUCCUAUGACUUCAUAACUAAAAA